GAAAGGCUAAAAGCCUGGACUGCUGCGAAUAUGGGUCACUGUUUAGAUUUAUUUGGCUAAGAAUAUUUUUCGAAUACCAUAAAUUACCGUAUUAUGACGAAAAGGUUGCAAUCUUUUCCACUUCCAGCGUUAUAUGCGCCAAAGAAUUUAUUCUUACGUCGUAGAAAUUUUCGCCUGUUCCUGCAGUACUAUGAGCUGCCAUAAUCGUAGCGUUUUUUGUCAAGGAGCUGCUUAUUAACCGUAUUGCUGAGGUGCACUGCCAUGCCGUUCGCACACACUCCUCUCGAUAAGAGCGCGACGCCAGUGCUGAACUUGACCACGAUACCGUAUCACUGCGAUCGGAAUAUUUACGACAAAUUUUUAGUGGAUAUAAUCGGUGAUGGUAAAACUCUGACCCGUGGUUACGUGUGUGAUUUGGAAGAUCAAGGACUGUUGGUGAAGACCAGCAUGUUUGACGAUACUGCUCAUCUGAUACCCUUCAAACGCCUCAUAGUAUAUCCCUAUACUUUAUGGUCUUACGUAAAAUAUCGGCUGAAUGUGGCACUCAAGCGCCCAAUGGAAGUGCUGAUCAGUCGCGGUGAUAGUCAGCCAGCAACUUGGCAUAAAGCGCACAUCGUGCACGAGGAUUGUUUUGAAGUGCCAUACAUACCCGAACUAGAAUGGCAGCUAGUGCAAGUACAGGUGGCCGGACCCGAUGGAAACCCGCAACUAUGUUUGGUCAACAAUGAUCUGCGGGGGUUGAUCAAUCGACGCAUUCGCUACCGUGGUGGUUGUAGUAGCAAUGUAACGCGAAAAACUUUUUGUAAAACUUAUAUACCAAUUCCGGAGCGUUGGGUGGUGAUUUUGCGACACUAUGUGCGGGGUCGGAAUUUUCAGAAAGAGUGGCUGCGCCAUUCCGGAACGAUCCUGAUUGGAGCUUUUGAUGGUUGUAUGGAACUGUUGAGCCGUGGUUCGCUCAAAAAACAUCACCGGAAUGAUUUGAUGAUUUUAGCCCAUGCUUAUAUUUCUGGUACAAUGUGGUCAGACGCGUGGAUGUUGUCGGAAGUCGUAGGAAGGCUCGUUCAGAGUAUGGUGCACUUUGCUUCGGACAAUGCCGAUGGUCUGCCUAACGGCACGGUCUUCCAAGAUAUCCCCAUAUUCUUACAGCUGGAAAUAUUCUCCCACUUCGAUGUUUACGAUCGGCAGUUGCUGAGAAGAGUAAAUACCCUAUGGCAAGAGGCAAUGCAUACACCUUUUUUGAGACGGGACACUAUAAUCCCUCUGCGAAAUUCCACAUGCGAAAACAAUCCCUAUGGUGUUGGGGAUUUCUUCGAGACGAAUCUAGUUCUAAUCCACAGAAUUCAAAUGAGCGUAGCAAGACAUACAAAAGUAGUUUACGUGACCGGAACCUGGUACCAUUUCUUAAAGCCGUUGGCGGUUAUGCUUUCUUGCAUGUCCAUAAAACUGAACUGGUUGGUGAUCACUGGAGGCCGUCACGAUUGCAUCGCCGAAUUAUUUGACACCGCAGAAAAUAUGUCAGCAUUUUCCUUCCCCAAACUAUGCCGAGGAAUCGCAGUCAAGGAUUACUCACUUAAUAUUUAUUAUCUAUUCUCCGAUUCAUUCGCCGAUUGCUGGGGAUGUCCAGGCGAGAAAAGCCCUUUGAUCAUUGUUCCGGAUUUUAUUUAUAACUUUGAUGAACAGCCUUCUGAUAAACUCCAAAACGCCUUUUUUGAUCGUCUUAACGACUGCUGCCCAAUUUGGAAUGCUAAGACCCGUAUAGACAUGAUCGAGCGCUUCGCAAAAAUUUGCCAGUUUGUCAGUCAGGCGAAGAUGUGGAAAACAUCGUUCUCGGAUACGUUAUUCCUUUGCUUCUCUAAAUGGAGAGUCGAUGCACCCACCAGCAUGCAGCAUGUGGACCAACUGCUAAAAAUCUCGCUUGCGGGAAUUGCACGAAGAAAUUUGAUAAUGCACUCACUGAAGUUAUGGAUGGAUGAAGUCGAAUAUCAACUGCGCAGAACGGCGAAAUCCUUGAACUAAUAAGUGUAGAACCAAACCUUUUUACGCACAUUUGUUAGCUGAUGUAUUAUCUGGAAAACUAAAUUGUAUUUGGAACGAAAAGGUUAUUUUAUUUGCACAAAAUCGAUUCUUUUUAUAUUAAUCAGGAAAAUCUGCAGUAAAUUUGCUAUAAAAAUGGUUGCGCAAAAUUACUGAAAUACUUUUCAUAAUGGUGCUGCGUGCCAUCGGCUUUACCAAGUCGACUACUGAUGGUGAGAAAGAUUUGUCUGUCGAGACCAAUCUGCUUAUAACCGACAGAGAAUGCCAUGUCCUGAUUGCUGUCCUGUUACAUCCUUGCUCGACAAUGAAUGACCCAACAUUCGGAGAUGGUCAUACCGGACAUAACCCACUAUAUAUAACUUGCAUGUAUCUUUCAUUAGCUACAGUGUCUGCGUGCAUUAGCUACAUUCAAUGUCUGCGUUCACUCUAAAAUUUUCUUCCUGCCCACCACUCCUAUUUUUUCCACGGAUGGGGCCGCUCUGACGCUGUGCUCCCUCGGGUUUGUGACUUUUUUCCUGUUUAUUUUGAGUCAUACUUGCCU